AUGGCGUUGUCUUUUUCAGCUGUGCGUGCAUCACGCCUCGCGGUUGCCGUGUGCGUGAUCGGGGUAAUCUGCGCUUCGUAUUACGGGUCUUGUGAGGACGUCAUUGAGGUUGUUUCUCUCGGAACACCCAAAGACGCGGCACCAGUUGGUGCUGAAGAUGCCAGCCUUCUCGAAAAUUCGCUUGCUGGUGAAGAGGAAUAUACAGUCGCCGCACCUUCCAGCACUCAAGAACGCCAAGUGGCAGAAGUCGUUGAGAAAGAGAUUCCAGUUGAGAGCACAGCCGAUGAGGAAAAUAAGACAGACGAUGCAGAGCCAGCUGCAGCAAGUCGCAGACUGGACACAAACACUGAAGUUGAACCUAUCAGCAAUGAAUCAGAAAACGAAACAAGCACCGAAAGCGACAAGACAACUCUCACGGCGGACGCGGGUGUGAUACCCGCUGAGUCUGACAAUGCCACAGACGCCGCAAGCGCCGAAGAGGCUGUCGCCGUUGAAGGUGCGGAGUCAUUUGUGGCUCCUGAUGCAUCGGAGAGAGUGCUGGCGCGCGAGGCAACAAGUCUUGAAGCCGGUGAAGAAGUCGAGACCGCCGAGUUCGCCGACACCCCCGCAAGAUUGCUCGGUGCAGAGGAGGUCGUUGUCUCGGACAACAGUGAAGCUGAUCUUCCGGACGCAGAGGAGGUUGCCCUGCUGAGUGAGAAUGCGGAUGCUGCAGCCCCCACCCCCGCUUCCGAGGGACUGACAGAAACAACUGGAAAUAUGGACGAAACGGAAGCUGCCCACAACCGGAGACUGAGGGGAUCUCCGGAAUCUGCUGAAGAUGCCGAAACUGGUGUGAAGGUCGGCUCAGUUACGGAGAUUGAUCCCGAGGAGAACGCCACGGAAACUGGUGCCGCGGAAGAGGCCUCUGAGAGCUUCGAGGCCCCGGCCGAGGAAACAGCAGCAUCGGAUAGACGGCUCCAAGAAACAGAAGUCAGGGAAUCCUACAAGUUGUCUGAAACGGAAGCGCAUUCUGAGGAAGAAGAAAAUGAAAAUGUGGAGGGGGCACUACUCGAGCAAGAGGAGGUGGUGAAGAGUGCUGCGUCUGCUGAAGGGCCCGUGAACGAGGACGCGUCUCCCGCUGUCGUGGAUACUGAAGCAGAACGGGACGUGGAACACGCUGAAACUGUGAGCGCCACUGUUUCACAGGAAAUCGCAGGUGACAAGGAGUGCACGGCAGCCUGCGAGACAAACCUACAUUGGGAAGAAACGCAAGAGUCAGCAAAUGCGGAAGCAGGGGCAGAACCUGUUGUGGACGGUGAGGAGAAGGCGCGCGAGCUGGUCUCUGAAGAACCCUCGGAGAACAGUGAAGAGGAACCCGAGCAGUCAAGAACUCCUGACGUGGACGAAGAUGCUUCUGACGCUGUGUCCCAGUUCGCCGAGGUUGCUGUAGAGAUCUUGAGCGAUGUGUACAGUGCCGAUAUCUGA